AUUAUAUUGUAUAUAUUAUUAUAUCAUGUGUAUGUCAUAAUAUAAUGUACUGUGGAUUAUAAUGUAUGGAGGAUUAUUUUCAGUUUGGAGGUUUAAUGGGUUUUAUUUAAAUCAGUUGAGAAGUAUUGUGCAGUCGAGUUUUGCCAAAAGCAGUAAAUCUAAGAAAACCAAUAACCUUCCAUUCAAGGUAACCAGGACACCCUCUGGUAACCUGGCGGUUUAUUUAAAGAUAAGGGCUCAUGGAACAGUUUUGUAUACGGUAGUGAGACACAUUUAUGGCGAUGUUCAGGCCAUGAAGGAGCAGCUAAGAAUCCUCUGUGAAUCACCUGUUCGGGAGCGAGUUGGAAGUCUUGAAGUUCAAGGAAUGCAUGUAAAAAAGAUUAAAAAAUGGCUAGUUAGUUGCGGGUACUAAAACUAUUAUAUGAAGUGUAAAAAAGAAGAUUAGUUGUUAGAGGAUAAGAGUCCUUCCUCUCUCAGAAGCCUGUUGACAGUCUCGUCAGCAUCGCCCCUCUGCCUCAUUUCAGGACUCAAAGCCAAGCUGAAGUUUGUGUUGUUGUAAACGCCUCUUUCAUCAACCUAAUAAAUUUAUAAUUUAAUUUAUAAAUAUACUAAUAUAUAAG